AUCCGCUGUGCAUCCGCUGCAUCCGCUGCAUCCGCUGCAUCCGCUGCAUCCGCUGCAUCCGUUGCAUCCGCUUCUGCCUUCCCUGUCCCGGAGAGCCCCAGUCCCCGUCGCCGCCGAUACAUCAUGAGCAGAGGAUCCGGUGCUGGAUACGAUCGACACAUCACGAUCUUCUCGCCAGAAGGCCGUCUGUACCAAGUCGAAUAUGCCUUCAAAGCCAUCACAAACGCCGGAAUCACCGCGGUUGGAGUCCGAGGCAAGGACUCGGCGGUUGUCGUCACUCAAAAGAAAGUCCCUGACAAGUUGCUGGAUCCCUCGACAAUCACCCAUGUCUUUCAGCUUACCCCCAAGAUUGGCUGCGUCAUGACAGGCUUGAUCGCCGAUGCUAGAGCCCAAGUCACCCGGGCUCGAUUCGAGGCUGCCGAAUGGCGCUACAAGUUUGGCUACGAGAUCCCGGCAGACCAGCUGGCCAAGCGUAUGGCCAACAUCAACCAGGUCCACACCCAGCAGGCGGCAACAAGACCUCUUGGCGUGUCUAUGAUGCUGAUCGGAUACGACGACGAGCGCGGACCACAGCUGUUCAAAUGUGAUCCCGCCGGCUACUACGUCGGAUACAAGGCCACGAGUGCCGGCGCCAAGCACCAAGAGGCUCUGAACCACCUCGAGAAGAAGCUGAGAAAGGAUCCCGAGCUCUCAUUCGAGGAGACCAUCGAGCUUGCCAUCACAACGCUCUCCACGACCCUCUCGAUCGACUUCAAACCGGCGGACAUCGAGGUUGGAAUUGUCACGGCCGAUGAAACUAACUUCCGCGCGCUGUCAGAAGACGAAAUCGAGGCCCACUUGACCCGCAUUGUCGAGAACUCUGACUGAUUGUGCUCGGAGACAUGGUGUGGCGAUGCCAUGUUGCGCACAUGGCACGGCAGCGACGGCAAUACAUCUUGGAUUGCAAACCACA